CCACGUAUUUGCUACUAUCACUUCACCAUGGAAUACUACACUGUACUGGGCGCCGCUUGCCAAGUAUGCACGCCAAAUGCCACCAACACCGUCUGGAGUCAUUGUCAAUGUGUUCUUGCUGAUGGUGUCGAACGUGGUAUACUCACGGUGAAUCGUAUGAUACCCGGGCCCAGUAUACAGGUGUGUGAAAAUGACAAAGUCGUUAUCGAUGUGGAAAAUCACAUGGAAGGUAUGGAGACAACAAUUCAUUGGCACGGCAUUUGGCAGCGUGGCUCACAAUAUUAUGAUGGUGUGCCAUUCGUAACACAGUGUCCCAUACAGCAGGGCAACACUUUCAGAUAUCAGUGGACCGGCAAUGCAGGCACGCACUUCUGGCAUUCUCAUCACGGUCUACAGAAAUUAGAUGGUAUUUACGGCAGCAUAGUUGUACGUCAGCCGCCGUCGCGUGAUCCCAACUCACAUAUGUAUGAUUUCGAUUUGACUACACACAUUAUGCUGAUUAGCGAUUGGUUGCAUGAGGAUGCCGCAGAACGUUAUCCCGGACGCUUGGCCGUGAAUACUGGUCAAGAUCCCGAAUCGGUGCUAAUCAACGGCAAGGGUCAAUUCCGUGAUCCCAAUACUGGUUUCAUGACAAAUACGCCAUUGGAAAUUUUCACAAUCACACCAGGACGUCGCUAUCGUUUCCGUAUGAUUAAUGCCUUCGCAUCCGUUUGUCCAGCGCAGGUGACAAUUGAGGGUCACACAAUGACGGUAAUUGCUACCGAUGGUGAACCAGUGCAACCGGUUGAUGUGAAUACGAUCAUAUCGUUCUCAGGUGAACGCUAUGACUUCAUUAUCAAUGCCAAUCAACCUGUCGGCGCUUACUGGAUACAGGUGCGCGGUUUGGGUGAAUGUGGCAUUCGUCGCGCUCAACAGUUGGGUAUUUUGCGUUAUGCGCGCGGCCCCUAUCAACCAGCAUCGGCUCCACCAACCUACGAUGUCGGCAUACCACAGGGUGUGGUCAUGAACCCUCUGGACGCCCAAUGUAAUACACCGAGAAACGAUGCUAUCUGCGUGAGUCAGCUGAAGAGUGCGCUGGAUGUACAUCGCGACAUUUUAACACAAACGCCCGAUGUGAAGAUCUUCUUGCCCUUCCGCUUCUACGUUUACCGUCCGGAAGAGCUGUUCCAGCCAAACACCUACAAUCGUUAUUUGGUUGCGCCCACUGGUGAUCAUGUCAUCUCUCUGGUCGACGAGAUCUCGUACUUGUCUCCACCGGCGCCACUUACCUCGCAAUUCCAUGAAAUCAAUCCCGAACAAUUCUGUAACGGUGAUAAUCGUCCCGCUAAUUGUGGUCCAAAUUGCAUGUGUACCCACAAAAUCGAUAUACCGCUGAAUGCAAUUGUGGAAAUUGUGCUAGUUGAUGAAGUUCAACAGCCUAACUUGUCACAUCCCUUCCAUUUGCACGGCUACAGCUACAGCGUUAUCGGUAUAGGUCGCUCACCCGACACCAGCGUCAAGAAAAUUAACUUGAAGCACGCCUUGGACUUGGAUCGACGCGGUCUGUUGCACCGUCAAUAUGAUUUGCCACCACAAAAGGAUACACUGCCAGUGCCAAAUAAUGGUUACGUGGUGUUACGUUUCAAAGCGGAUAAUCCCGGUUUCUGGUUCUUCCAUUGUCACUUCCUCUUCCACAUAACGAUCGGUAUGAAUCUGAUAUUGCAAGUUGGCACAAAUGCCGACUUACCACCAGUGCCACCAGGUUUCCCAACGUGCGGUGAUCACAAGGCGCCCAUACCGAUUAAUUAACUAUAAUACAACCUAAAAGGUGCCAAAUUCUUUCUAGACUUCUUCUAGUAUAUAGAAAGUGAAAAAUAUAUAGUAAACAAAUUUCUUAAUAUAAACAAGCCACAAAAGAUGAUAAAAUGUGUUCUGUAAAAAAAAAAAGAAGCACCUCGACAAGUGAAGUGCAAAAAGCACAGCCUUAAAAGGAAUGAUGAAAAACAAAUAGACCGAACAUGGAAAGUUAAUUUUAUCAAAACAUCAUCGUUAAAAAAAUAGUGCCUAAAACGAGGAAACAGUCGUUUAAGAAUGAGCUUUGAAAGCUCUAAUCAUCAUCAAUAUAGCAUCAACAAAUCAUGUAAAUGCUCACGAGUAACAAACAUUUUAUCUACCACAACAAUAGCGACAAUUAUAAAAAUAACAAAAAACUUCGUGCUUUUAUGAGCUUUACCAAUGCACAAGCUCUGCCAACAUAAGACUUGCGUGACACGCACACAUACAUACAUAUACACUUUAGGAGAGGAAUGAUGUACACAGGGGAAAUGCGAACGUGAGCGGUAGAAGUGAAGUGAACGUGACCUUGUGUAAACACGGUGAUUGGAUGUGAAAGCGGAAAAAGAACGAGAUUUGCGCGUCGAUUUGUGCGCAGCAGUCAUGAAUAAAAUAACUAAAUGAUAAAUAUUUUAAUUUUAUGUUUUUGUAUUUUUUUAUUUCUUUUUUUUUUUUAAUUUUUAACCACUCCUACUUAGCUUAUGCUGCUUCUUUUUGUAAUUAUUUUCCAAUUUUGUUUGAUUUAGUUUAUAUAUUUUUAAGCUUAUAGAUGACUGUAAAAUAAUUAAGUUGCUUCGUUUUUUUAUUAUUAAUUUUUUUUCUAAUGCCCUACUUCCAACGAAAUUUUGCAAUAUCCUUACUCACUAUAUUCCUU